CAAGUUGAGGCCGAGUGACUUGUAUUUCUUUUAUAUUAUAAAAUCAUACUUUUUUAUAAAAUACAAAAAAUAUAUAUAUAUUAUACAUAAAAAUGGAAAAUAAAACAGAUUUUCAAUAUCCUCAUACAUUUGUUUUGCUUGGAGCAUCGGGAGAUUUAGCGAAAAAGAAAAUUUAUCCAACUCUUUGGUAUUUGUUUAGAGAUCACUUGUUGCCAAAAAAUACAAAAUUUAUUGGAUAUGCAAGGACUAAGCAGACUGUAGAUGAAGUUAAAGCAAAGACAAUGAAGUACAUGAAAGUGCGGCCCGGUGAAGAAGAAACUCUUAAAGCUUUCUGGGACGCUAAUGACUAUGUUCCCGGUUCUUAUGAUAAAAGAAUUGAUUAUGAACUGCUUAACCAAGAAAUAAGUAAACAUGAGAAAGGUCCUCUAGCCAAUAGAAUAUUUUAUCUGGCUGUACCUCCAACUGUGUUUGAAGAUGUUACAAUCAAUAUCCGUAAUGCCUGCAUAGCAUUAAAAGGUUACUCUCGUGUUAUCAUCGAAAAGCCUUUUGGAAGGGACGAUGAAAGUUCAGAAAAAUUAAGUGAUCAUUUGGCCAGAUUAUUUAAAGAAGAACAGAUAUAUAGAAUUGAUCAUUAUCUUGGUAAGGAAAUGGUUCAAAACUUAAUGACUAUUCGUUUUGCCAACCAAAUAUUUAGUCCAUCUUGGAAUAGAGAAAAUAUAGCAUCGGUACUUAUAUCAUUCAAAGAACCCUUUGGGACAGAAGGUCGUGGGGGCUACUUUGAUUCUUUUGGUAUUUUAAGAGAUGUAAUGCAAAAUCACCUAUUGCAAAUUUUAUCCCUUGUUGCUAUGGAAAAACCUGUAACAUUAAAUCCCAAUGAUAUAAGAGAUGAAAAGGUCAAAGUACUGAGGCACAUAAAGCCAAUAGAGUUAAAAGAUAUUUUAGUUGGGCAAUAUGUGGGCAACCCCAAUGGAAAAGGUGAAGAGACCCAGGGUUACCUUGACGAUCCUACAGUUCCCAAAGACUCUGUGACACCCACAUAUGCAUUAGCUGCCAUUUAUAUUAACAACUCCAGAUGGGAAGGUGUUCCAUUUAUACUCCGAUGUGGUAAGGCUUUGAAUGAAAGGAAAGCAGAGGUAAGAGUACAAUAUAAAGAUGUGCCUGGUGAUAUAUUUGAAGGAGAAACUAAGAGAAAUGAGCUUGUGAUCAGGGUUCAGCCAGGUGAGGCUUUAUACUUAAAAUUAAUGUGUAAGUCGCCCGGUAUGAAAUUUAACUUAAUGGAAACAGAAUUGGACUUGACCUAUAGCAUGCGUUAUAAAGAAACAGAUGUUCCUGAUGCUUAUGAAAGGCUUAUCCUUGAUGUCUUUACUGGGACACAAAUGCACUUUGUCAGAAAUGAUGAGCUGAAGGAGGCAUGGCGUAUCUUCACACCGGUUCUGAAGCAACUCGAGGAAGAAAGAUUUAAACCUGUUCCAUAUGUUUAUGGCUCUCGAGGGCCCCCUGAAGCUGAUGAGAGAUUAGCUCAGUAUGACUUCAAAUACUCUGGUUCAUAUAAAUGGCAGAAACCUACAUUGGGUUGAGGUUUAUUUAGUUUUUAAUUUAUUUAUUGGUGAAGGUAUGAAUUAUUUUUAAUUUCUAAGCAUAAUACAUUCACACAAAACUCCUUUUAGAUAUAUAAUCAGUGAACAUUCCGAAUCAAUGCUUAAUGUGGAAAUGUUUAUAUAAAGGUCAUUUUAAGGUCAAAGACUAGUUGGGCCUUUAUUGGAUUGGAUGUUUUCGCACAACAAUAUCAUUCCUACACAAUAUCAUGGUCCAAUACAAUACAAUUUUUUUUUUAUUAUUUCUUAUUUUAUAACACAAUAUAUUCAAUAAAUGCUUGUUAAGUUUCAUUGAUUAUGCAGAGGUCAGUCAUUUCACCUUGUAUAUGGGCGCUUGUUAUAUUGUAAGUUAAAUGGUGACUCUUGUUAUAAAUUAUCAAUGUAUUUUUUUAUAAAUAACAUCAGAAUAUUUGUAUUUGUUUUGUGAUGAUGAUAAAGCAACAUUUUGAACUACUGUUAGCACAUCAGUGUAACAGAAAAAUGUAUAUCUAAUAAUAAUUUAAGAGAAAAUGUAAAGAUAAGUAAAUUCUGAUUUUAUUACAGUUGCUCAAUGUAAAACUAUUUCCUCUUAAUAUAACUGGUAAACAGGAAUAUAAUUCUUGUUGUUACCGAAGGCAGGGGAUAAUCUUUAUUGAAAUAAUACAUGCUAUAGGACUAACAUAUCACUUCAGCCACAUUGUUGUUCACAGUUAUAUACAAGGUUAUAGUUAUGUGUUUUAAUAUAGUAAGUACAUAAUAAAAUUAUGAUAUUUUUAAAUUUAGAAUAUUAAAUUUUGUGAUAUAAAUUUUUACAUUCAGAAGUGCCUUUAUUACUGCAUUUUUUAAUAAGACCUCUUUCUUACUAAAUGUUGUUGUAUUUAAUACAAUUAGAUAGUGUUUUUAUAAGUACAUAUUUUGUGAUUGUUUUUAUAUAUUAUAUUCAAUAGGGAUAGAGGGAGUUUUUUUAACAUUUUUACAACACUCACAGUAUGGAUAGGAAAUAAACAAAUUAUUUUGCAAAUA